AGCUGGUCAGGUUUUCGGGUACCUCUGUUCCCUCUGUCCAGGCUGCGGCAGAGUGCCCGGGACGCGGGUCCCCUACCAUCGUGCAGGAGCUGGCGAUGCUGUUUUACCGUAUAUGAGCAAUCGACCCAGACAUGGAAAACUUUGUCCUGUACGAGGAGAUUGGCAGAGGGAGCAGGACCGUCGUGUACAAGGGCCGCCGGAAGGGAACCAUCAAUUUCGUGGCCAUUCUUUGUACUGAAAAGUGCAAACGGCCUGAGAUAACCAACUGGGUCCGUCUCACCCACGAAAUCAAACACAAGAACAUUGUAACUUUUCAUGAGUGGUAUGAGACCAGCAAUCACCUCUGGGUGGUGGUGGAGCUGUGCACAGGUGGUUCUUUAGAAACCGUGAUCGCUCAGGACAAGAACCUCCCGGAAGAUGUGGUGAGGGAGUUUGGGGUGGACCUGGUCACUGGCUUGCACCAUCUGCACAGGCUCGGUAUCCUCUUCUGUGACCUCUCUCCUGGGAAGAUUCUCCUGGAAGGGCCCGGGACACUGAAGCUCAGCAAUUUCUGCCUGGCAAAGGUGGAAGGGGAGAGUCUGGAGGAGUUCUUUGCCUUGGUGGCAGCAGAAGAAGGAAGUGGUGACAGUGGAGAAAACCCGCUGAAGAAAAGCAUGAAAAACCGAGUCAGAGGCUCUCCGGUAUAUGCAGCUCCGGAAAUCGUGAAGGGGGCUGACUUCUCCGUCAGCAGUGACCUCUGGUCUCUGGGCUGUCUGUUUUAUGAGAUGUUUUCAGGGACGCCCCCAUUCUUCUCAGACUCAGUGUCAGAGCUGGUGGAGAAGAUUCUGUAUGAAGACCCGUUGCCACCGGUCCCAAAAGAUUCUUCCUUCCCCAAAGCAUCGUCAGAGCUCAUUAACUUGCUGGACGGGCUACUGCAGAAGGAUCCCCAGAAAAGGCUGUCGUGGGAGGAAGUCCUGCAGCACCCCUUCUGGAAGGAUGCGCUGCCGAGGGAAGGUGCAGAUGUGGGCUCCGAGGACUGCAGCUUCAGCAGCAGAAACGCCAUGGAAUGUUCUGGAGCUCACGACCCCACCAGGGAGCUUGUGCAGAGCCCUCAGAGUGCACAGAGAGGGCAGAAGGGGGCGCCCCGGCUCAGCCAGUCCUUCCGGCUAGACAACCCGAGUGAGCUUCGGCCCAAGACCACCGUGGGGGGCCAGCUGAAUGAGUCCAUAUUUCUCCUCAGCUCACGGCCCACUCCGAGGACAAGUGCCAUGGUGGAAUUAAGUCCUGGAGACGGGGAGGACCCCAGCUCACCACAGAAGACCUCUCCUUUCCCCAAGCUGCCCAUCGGGCACCUGAGCCAGGGGGCGCUGGCCUCCCAGAUGAGGGAGCUGAUCUACACGGACUCCGACCUGGUGGUCACCCCAAUUAUCGACAACCCCAAGAUAAUGAAACAACCUGCAAUCAAGUUUGAUCCAAAGAUCUUGCACCUGCCGGCAUAUUCUGUGGACAAGCUGUUGGUUCUGAAGGACCAGGACUGGAACGAUUUCCUGCAGCAGGUCUGCUCCCAGAUUGACUCCAGCGAGAAGAGCACCGGGGCGUCGAGGGCCAAGCUCAACCUCCUGUGCUAUCUGUGCGUGGUGGCCACGCACAGGGAGCUGGCCACCAGGCUGCUGCAUUCCCCGCUGUUCCAGCUGCUUAUCCAGCACUUGCGAAUAGCUCCUAACUGGGACAUACGGUCCAAGGUGGCUCGGGUGGUCGGCGUGCUGGCCUUGCACACAGCAGACCUUCAGGAGAAUGUGCCCGUUAUUGAGGCGAUCACGCUCCUGACUGAACUGAUCCGAGAGAACUUCAGGAGUGCCAAGCUGAAGCAGUGCCUCCUCCCCACCCUCGGACAGCUUCUCUACCUCGUAGCCACCCAGGAAGAAAGAAAACAGCACUCCAGGGAAUGCUGGCCGGUGCCCCUGGCGGCAUACACCGUGCUCAUGAGGUGCCUCCGGGAAGGGGAGGAGCGCGUUGUCAAUCACAUGGCUGCGAAGAUUGUUGAGAAUGUCUGCACGACGUUUUCUGCCCAGGCGCAGGGCUUCAUCACUGGGGAGAUCGGGCCUGUCCUGUGGCACCUCUUCAGACACUCCGCCGUGGACUCCCUGCGAAUCACAGCAAUAUCCGCCCUAUGCAGAAUCACGCGCCAGUCUCCUGCCAUCUUUCAGAACGUCAUCGAGAAGGUGGGGCUCAAUGCUGUCAUCGGCUCCCUGGCCUCCUCCAUCUGCAGAGUGCAGCAGUACAUGCUGACGCUGUUCACGGCCAUGCUGUCCUGUGGGAUUCAUCUUCAGCGGCUGAUCCAAGAGAAGGACUUCGUGUCCACAGUCAUCCGCUUACUUGACAGUCCGUCCUCUCCCAUCAGAGCCAAGGCCUUCCUGGUGCUGCUGUACAUCCUGAUUCACAACCGCGACAUGCUGCUGCUCAGCUGCCAAGCAAGGCUGGUGAUGUACAUCGAGAGGGACAGCAGGAAGACCUCCCCGGGCAAGGAGCUGCAGGGCGGGAGCGAGUACCUGGCCAGAUGCCUGGACCUGCUCAUCCAGCACAUGGUGCAGGAGCCUCUGAGGAUCCUAGGUGACAUCCUCAAUGCCCUGGCAAAUGUGUCUGGCCGGAAGCACCCGUCCACAGUCCAGGGGAAGCAGCUGAAGAUGUGCCUCCCCAUGAUGCCUGUGGUGCUCCACCUGGUCAUGUCUCAGGUGUUCCGGCCUCAGGUGGUGACAGAGGAGUUUCUGUUCAGCUAUGGGACUAUUCUGAGUCACAUCAACUCAGUGGACCUGGGAGAAACGAACAUUGAUGGAGCCAUAGGCAUGGCGGCCUCCGAGGAGUUCAUCAAGAUCACGCUGUCGGCGUUCGAGGCUGUGAUCCAGUAUCCGGUUCUGCUGGCCGCCUACCGUUCCACGGUCACUGACUACAUCCUGCCACCCCUGGUCUCCUUGGUGCAAAGCCAGAAUGUGGAGUGGCGGCUCUUCAGCCUGCGGCUGCUCUCGGAGACCACAACCCUGCUGGUGAGCCAGGAGCCGGAGGACGGCGGCGAGCCCCGCUGCGACUCUGACAGCAGUCUCCUGGUACUCAUCAGGGACCAGCUGCUCCCCCAGUACGGGCGCAUCCUCAUGGAGCCUGACCCAGUCCCCGCCUACGCGCUGAAGCUGCUCGUCGCCAUGACAGAACACAACCCUGCUUUCACCAGGUACGGGGGUGGGUCCGCUGAGCCUGGUCAGCGCCACAUGCUGGGGUGUGGGGUGGACUACCCGAGCAUGGCGAGCUCCCAGCAGCCACACUGUUGCCGGAAGCUGACUGGCUUGGCCACACCCCCGUUCUCUGAGGGCACUCAGGCUGUUGCCUUCCUUCAGGGCCACAGAGACCUCGAGCACCAGGAGAGCAUUCUGGGAAACACCAUGCAGAGCGUGAUUGCCUUACUCAACAAUCUGGUUGCCUACAAAGACUCAAACAUGCAGCUGCUCUACGAGCAAGGACUCGUCGGCCACGUCUGCAACAUGUUCAUGGAGACUGCAUCACUGUACCUGGACGAGGACAACAAGAACAACACGGAGCCGGCGGCCACGCUGCUGGCGUCGCUGCUGGACAUCCUGCAGGCUAUGCUGACCUACACAUCCGGCGUGGUCCGGCAGGCUCUGCAGGCCCAGAAGUCAGGCUCAAGAGCGGACACACAGGCCGCCGAGGACCUGCUGCUGCUCAGCAGGCCGCUCACAGACCUCAUCAGCCUGCUCAUCCCGCUGCUUCCCAGCGAGGACCCCGAGAUCGCCGCGGCUUCGGCCACGUGCCUGUCCGUCCUCGUGCAGCUGUACGGAGGAGAGCACCCCGACAGCCUGUCCCCAGAAAACCUGGCCACCUUCGCCGGCCUCCUGCUGGCCAAGGAGGAGCCCAAGGACCGGAAGCUUCUGCUCAGGAUCCUCCGGAGGAUGGUCACCUCCAAUGAGAAGCACCUGGACGGCCUCAAGAACAGCGGCAGUCUCCUGCAGGCCCUGGAGCAUCUGGCUCCGGCUCACAGUGCGCCUGUUGAUCCUGCAGUAGCUUCCUUGGCCCUGGAACUCCUCCAGGCUGCUGGACACUGACAAGGCCUUCCUGUGGCCAUCACUGCGCGGCGAGGUUGUAUCCCACAAGUGGAUCCUUCCCACCAGCCUCAAGAGGAGCUAAUAAAACCCAUGGGCCAGA